AUUGUAGUCGUAAAAAUCAUUGUUUUAUUUUAACAGGUUUUAGUUUACCGAAAAGGGACACAUUUGUAAUGAACUAGUCACAUAAAAAUAUUUAUCAAAAAUAAUUUAUCCGCUCCAUUGGUCGAUCCGGUGCGGGAAGUCCGCGCUCCCGGUCCUGCUGAGGGCUAGGCUUGCUAGGCUAGUUCAAAACUCCCCCCGCUAAGCGUCACUUGUUCCCGUUAUCACUGUUCCCGUUUCUUGUUGUCUUUCAUUUCAGUGGAGCGCGUUAUCCACGAGCACACGCUGAUUUUAUAAAAUAGUAUUUAUACGGCGAUAUCAACCAACGAUCUAGUUGGUCUGAUCCACCGACUGGCUCCCAGUCACGGCUAAGCUAACAUUUAGCCUCUGAGUCUCACAGCCAAAAUGGCGGAUAACGAAGAUGAUAGCAGUUCGACCAGAACAACAGUCGCAGAGCCGCCGGGGCCCGCGUCUCGGCCCCGCGACGAAUACUGCCCCCAGAGCGCGGACAGUUUACCAUCAUCGUCCGCCGAUGAGAUUGCUCAGCCCAGUGAGACUGUAUCGGCAGCGACCACCGAGCAGAGCAGUCAGCCCGCGGAGAGUUUAUCAUCAGCUCUGUUGGCGGACCUCUUACAGAGCUGCCCGGCGGAACAGAGCGUCCUGGUGGGCACAGAGUUGACUGGCCUGAGCCCGGACCUCGUCAACACCACCAUCAUCUAUGUGCAGCCGGACGGCAGCCUGGUGGAGGGAUCCGGGCUCACGGCCGAGGAGCAGCAGGCUUUGCUGGAUCAGCUCACCAAGCAACAGAUUGUCCAGGUCUCAGAUACCGAGGCGGCCCAGCUGCUCCGGCAGAACCAGUUGUUCAAAAGCAUCCCGGUCCAUAAUGCGGCCCUGGACCCGAGCCAGCUGCAGCAGGUCAUCAACCAGGUGACCAAAUCCCAGCUGCAGGUCCCCCAGCAGACCCCAAAACAGCAGGUCCAGAUCCAGCAGGGUCUGAAGAUGCACAAUCAGGCCCAUGUCCCUCAGCAGCACUUAAAGGGCACGACCCAGAACAACGCAUCCCAGCAGCUGAAGAGUGUCGCCCAGCAGGUGGCCAUGCAGACAGGUGGCUCGGUCCAAGUGGUGCAGAAGAAGUCCGAGCCCGUCAGGAUCCAGAUCCAGGUUCCUCCCAAACGGGAAGUAAAGUCCAGCGCUUCUCCCCAGCAGAAGAGUGUAGCUGUCAGUCAUCCGCAGGUAAAGUUGUCAGCCAAUGGCACCAUGAGCAGUGCUCAGAUCAUCCACCUGCAGCCUGUGGUUGGUCAGCAGGGUCAGCAGUUCUUCCUGCAGCACAGUCCCGGGGACCCGCCCAUCCAGGUGUUGCUGCAGAGCCCCACCCCUGAUGUCGGAUCUCUGCUCCCAUUGGUCCAUAAGCUCACAGGUCAGACAUCAGCAGGCAGCCCUUCUGGUUCCGGUCAGAAACCUGUAGUGCCACCUAUUAGAGUCCAGACCAUGUCUACUGUUAAGGUCACGCCCACCUCAGUUGUCAAAACCCUACCCACCCCUGUUACUAAAACUGUUAGCGUUCCAUUAAUUAAAACUCACACUAAUGGCACAGUGACUGCCACAGGUAAGAGUCCCGUUAAAGCACCUGCAGUCAUCACAGCUGUCCCAGUGCAGAGUGCCACACCAAGCCGACUUGCCACAGAGACCAAGACCCCUGCACCUCCUUCUGCCAUGGCCUUGCUCCCAGUGAAGGACAGAGAAAGAGAAAAGGAGGAGAAGAAAAAGGUAAAGAAGAGGGAGAAGAAGGUAAUGAAGGUCCAGACUAGAUCUGGUCGGGUCUCCAGACCACCUAAGUACAAAGUCAAAGACUACAAGUUCAUAAAGACGGAGGACCUGGCCGACAGUCACCAGUCUGACUCUGAUGACUACUCUGACAUAAGUGUGGAGGAGGAGGCGGAGGGAGGGAGAAAGGAUAACCCCACACUAGGCUCCUCUCCCUCCCUCAGCUAUAAUCACAAGUCCCGGUCCCACCGCUGCCAGACCUGCGACAAAGCCUACAUUGGUACUGGAGGCCUGAACCGCCACUAUAAAUUGAAUCCAACCCAUGGUGACCCUGAUCCGCCCAGCAACCGGCCUGACAACCCGCCACACCCACUCACAAAUGUCAGCCAAUCACAGGAGAUGAUGCCAGAGGGAGUCAGGGAGGAGGAGAAGGAGGACAAACCUGAUGACACAGCAACAAACAGAGUGGAGUGGGGUCCAGCAGCAGCUGUAGGACUCAGGGGCCUCCAUCACCGGGGCCCUGGUCGACCCCGUGGACGGGGGAGAGGCAGGGGCAGGGGCAGGGGCAGAGGCAGCGAUUGCUGGCACCGCCUCCUAAGGUGACUAUGGGCCUUGUUAGUAGACGGGGUCGUCGUGGUCGACCUCCAAAGCUCACUGCUACCAUGGUAACAGCAGAGCAGCAAGCG